AAAAUAUUUGAAAAGGCCGGGUGAAUUCUGCCGCUGCUGCCAACCAAUCGGAAUAUACAGCAGGCCUCUCGCUGGCACUGAUGGACAGUAAGGGAAGUUCUCUGCCUGCAAUGCCUGAGCCAAAGAACCCCACUAGUAUGAAACAGCUCUCGGACUCCCCGGGUGGAUGUAAGGGACGUGGUGACGGAAGCACAGAUCCCGCCCUUCUGAUGGAUAAAGCUGCCACUCAGCUCGCUGCCACACCCCAGGACAGUGUUCUGCAGAUACUAGGCAACCAUAACCACACUCACGAGCGGCUAAAGGAUCUCACUUCUCGCUUGUUAAAUGGUGAUCAGGAUAAAAUACCAAAGCUCUACACUGCCCCUGCUGCACCACCCAUCCUCAAAGGGGUGGAGUCUGGCCCUCAGCACGACGGCCCCCAGAGGAAGGCAGACUCCUCCCCUGAGCUCACGCUCAAAAUAACCAAGCGAUUGGCUAAUGGGAACUCGCCGCCGCCGUCAAGCCUUUAUGAAGGCAGCUAUGGAGAAGAGGGGGCAGAGGAGCCAGACACGCCUUUGAGCCUCCCAGAGGGCAUUCUGGCUUCUCCGAGUGCUACAAAAGAAGGCAGAAAGAGGAAGAGGGCACCCGUGAGGAAGAGGACACCACCUAAUAGAAGACAUCCCACUGUUAUCCCUGCUGCUAUUGGCUCGGAGAGGUCCUCUCUCAUACUCGCCGCUGUAGAGCCAUGUGAUCAGGUCACCGUGUCGCAUGACCUUGUCCCUGACUGUGGGGUUCUGCUGCUCAAGUCACAUGACUCUGCUGACACUGAAGUAGCUGCCUGCGGAACUCCGAUACCUGCCGUGCAGCCCAUGCCGGAGGCUGAGGAGGAUGCAGGCGUGCAGGGCGUGGCCGACAUCCAGGCGGUGUGCACGGACGAGCAGUCUCAUGUGCAGUUCUCCGUGGGAGAUGUCGUCUGGACUAAAGAGUCCGGAUACCCCUGGUGGCCAUGCAUGAUCACUACAGACCCGGAGUUUAACCUUCACUUUAAGCAGAAAGGAGCCAACAGUCGGACGGGGUUGUCCUACCAUAUACAGUAUUUUAGCGACACUCCCGAGAUAGGCUAUAUUGCUGGGAAGAAUAUGGUCGUGUUCUCGGACAAAGACCAGUACCAGACACUGUGCCGUGGCAACAAAGAAUUUGACUCUCAUGCAGAGGUCAAAAAGUUCUCGAUUCCACGUAAGCUGCGGACACCGUGGGAGACGGGCAUCUCCCAGGCAACAGAGGCUGUAGCUCUACCUUUGAAGGAGCGCCUGGCCAGGUUCACCUUCGCGUAUGAGGACGGCCAGCCGCGGUUCGGCCCCCGCAUGCAGCAAGAGCUCCAGCAGGGCCAGGCGGGGCAGGCGGACCUCCCUGGGACAGCCAGCCUCACACCCCCCAGCUCGAGUCACUCCAGCCCCCUCACUGUGGAGGCCCCCAGCAUCUCCCUCCCCCUCCACGCGCCCGCCGACAGCAGCACUUCAACAGGGAAGAUGCCCCUCGCCACUAAAGCAUCUACAACCCCAGCCAUGAGGGGACAGGGCAACCAGCACAAUGUUCCUGCGAGGAGGAGGAGGAGGAAGAAAGUCUUGCCCCCUGCCGUUAGUCUUCCUCACGCCGACCCUACUGUACAGGGCAUUUGUGUUGCCCCAGAUAAACUUGAACCUAAGAAAAAAAGACAGACUAAAUCUAGGAGGUUGACUACAGAGUCAUCACUGAAACAGGAACACAUCCUUUUUGGUGACAUUGAUCCUCAGCUAAAAGCACAUCAGAAGAAACAGAGAAAACUAAAACAGAAGUUUCCAGCAGCACCAAACUCUCUGAAAAAGAAGAAACUCAAGGCCGCCGCUAGCAUUGCUGCAAGCGCGAGCACCGAGUCAGAAAGGCUAGCGUUCAUCGAAGCUGUGAAGGUGAACACCAUCAGGGGAAAACAGAAAAGGCUCAAGGCAGAUGCUAUCUUUAAAGGUAUGAAGAAGGGCUCAAAGCGCGCACUUGAAGAUGAGGGGGAGGAGGCGGAGCCCCAGCCUAAGAAGAAAGCCAGACUGAGGGAGGGGCUAAAACAGCACCAAACUCUAAAGGAGCAAACAGCCGAGCCGACCAUCAGCGUAAAUUUGAGAAGGAAACGGAACUCUGCCAAGAAUGAGGAAAGGAAAGGGCCCAAAACGCCAGUCUCAGGAGAGGAGCCUCAAGUCAAGGCCAAACGUGUUAGGAAAAGGAAACAAGAUUCUGGGAACCAAUCCUCUGCCGCAUCCAAGAAGCACCGCCCAUCAGCUCAAGUAGAGCCAGAGACUUUGUGUGAGGAGAGACCUGAUUCUCCCAGUGACAGUACUGAUGAAGCCCACGCAGUCAAGAAGGCUGAGCGCACCAAAAAAGAGUGUGUGUGUCAGAUUUGUGAAAAGACAAGUGAGGAUUUGGUGACAUGUGAGGGCCAGUGCUAUGGCUCAUACCACCUGCAGUGUUUGGGUGUGGACCAACCAACAGACAAAGUUCUUUGUGCUGCCUGCCGCACAGGCGUGCACGCGUGCUUCUCAUGUAAGCAGUCCGAAGGCGAGCUAAAGCGAUGCAGCGCGCCGAGCUGUGGCCGCUUCUACCACGAGGCGUGUCUGCGCUUGAACGCCCUGACCAUCUUCGACAACCGAGGCUUCCGCUGCCCCCUGCACACCUGCCUAAGCUGCCACCACAGCAGCCGUGGCACCGCCAAAGCCACCAAAGGGAAGAUGAUGCGCUGCCUGAGAUGUCCCGUGGCCUACCACACGGGAGACACAUGCGUGGCAGCUGGCAGCGAGAUGCUGAGUCCCACAGCGAUCGUAUGUACCCACCACUUCAGACCUAAGAGAGGCUACAGCCAUCACUCACACGUCAACGUUAGCUGGUGCUUCAGCUGCUCCAAGGGUGGCCAACUCCUCUGCUGUGAGUCGUGUCCAGCUGCGUUUCACCCUGACUGUCUGAACAUCGCCAUGCCUGAUGGCAGCUGGUUCUGUAACGACUGCCGCUCUGGCAAGAAGCCCAAAUACAGAGACAUCAUCUGGGUCAAACUGGGCAACUACAGGUGGUGGCCAGCCGAGAUUCGUCACCCGAGGAACGUCCCCACCAACAUCCAGCACCUGCGGCACGACAUCGGAGAGUUCCCCGUUUACUUCUUUGGUUCGAGAGACUAUUUCUGGACCCACCAGGGCCGAGUGUUCCCCUAUAUGGAGGAAGACCGAGGGAGCAGAAACCAGAAAACUGGCAUUGGAAAGGUCUUUAAGAACGCUGUGUUGGAGGCUGAGGCUCGGUUUAAACAGAUCAAAAUGGAGAGAGAAGCCAAAGAAGCCCAGGAGAACAACAAGAAACCUCCUCCUUACAAAUACAUUAAGAUCAACAAGCCGUGUGGGCGCGUGCAGAUCUACACAGCUGACAUCUCCGAGAUCCCCAAGUGCAACUGCAAGCCGUCGGACGAGCGGCCGUGCAGCUUCGAGUCGGAGUGCCUGAACCGCAUGCUGCUGUACGAAUGCCACCCGCAGGUGUGCCCAGCCGGGGCCCUCUGUAUGAACCAGGACUUCACCAAGCGCCUCUACCCCGAGACCAAGAUCAUCCGCACGGCCGGCAAGGGCUGGGGCCUAGUGGCCCUCCGCGACAUCAAGAAGGGGCAGUUUGUGAACGAGUAUGUUGGUGAGCUCAUCGAUGAAGAGGAGUGCAGAGCCAGGAUCAAAUAUGCUCAGGAAAACGACAUCACCCACUUCUAUAUGCUCACCAUUGACAAGGACCGAAUCAUUGACGCGGGGCCUAAAGGGAACUACUCCCGCUUCAUGAACCACAGCUGCCAGCCCAACUGUGAGACUCAGAAGUGGACCGUGAAUGGAGACACGCGUGUGGGGCUGUUUGCAGUGUGUGACAUCCCAGCAGGUACGGAGCUGACCUUCAACUACAACCUGGACUGCCUGGGCAACGAGAAGACCGUGUGCCGCUGCGGCGCACCCAACUGCAGCGGUUUCCUAGGAGACCGACCCAAGAUCACCCCGACUUCCGAACUGAAAGCCAAGCCCCAGAAGAAGAAGCCGCGGAGGCGGCGCUCCCGGAAUGACGGGAAAAAACAAUCGGAGGACGAGUGUUUCCGCUGUGGUGAUGGAGGGGAGUUGGUCCUGUGCGACAGGAAGGGUUGCACUAAAGCCUACCACCUGUCCUGCCUGGUCCUCACCAAGAGGCCCUUCGGUCGCUGGGAUUGCCCCUGGCACCACUGUGACGUGUGUGGGAAGCCGUCUGAUGCCUUCUGCCAGCUGUGCCCCAACUCCUUCUGUAAGGCCCACGAGGAGGGCGCGCUGCACCCACAUCCUGUCUCCAGCCAGCUCUGCUGUCAGGAGCACGACGACUCAGACCUGCAGCCGUUGGCUGAGCCUGCCCCUGCACCAGACCAGCCCAUCAAACCUGCGAAGCACAGUCGCAAAGGCGGGGCCAAGAGCAGCUCCAGCACAGCGCCCGAGAAGGGCUCCAAGAAAAGCUCUAAGAAGGCAGAAGUGUAGAAGUGAGGGGGCCGCCACCUCCCUCCCUGCGCUGCCCCACCCCCUUUCUACCCAUGAUUCAGUGGUGUCGACGUCGUCGUGACUGUUUCUCCCAAACUGAAAGCACUGUGUGUGUCUAAUCAGGGAAGUACGCGAACACUGUAGAGCUCCAUAGAGUUGCCACAUCAGGUCCCUCUGCCAUGCUCUCAAUCUCUCGCUCCGAAUCGGGUGUGCGCACAAAUGAAAAACACACUCAACCCACAAUCGCAUUGAUAUGUGUUUGAACACAGGGCUAACUCACCAAACAUCCUCAUUACUACCCAGCAUUACCGACGCCAAACUUGAAUAUUUUUACACCCAUUUUAAUCUUUGGGAUAGAUGCUUCUUUUUUAACAGUAGAUAUGUAUAUGAAAAUGUAUAUGAAAGACCAAAAUUAUAAUAAUACUGGAAUUAUUGAUAGUAACAGACUGCAAGUACACAGCGUUUUGUGGUUGUUUGUUUUGAUUUUUUUUGGUGGGUUUUUUUUUUAUAACCAGUUGUAUUGUUAAUUGUAAGACACUAUGGAUAGGCCUUGAAUUACAUUUUGUUUAUAGUCAGUUAUAGCACACAUUUAACUAUAGAACACCACAUUUUUAGCACACUUUUUUGUUAGCUCAUUUUUUGAGUUUACGUAACAUGGAUCGUAGAAUGUUAAAGUGAAAUCCUACCUUUUUCAGAGUUU